AUGGUGUCAAGUAUUGGCUUAUUUCGAAUUCGUGGAACACUGACUGGGGAGAGAACGGAUUGUUCCGUAUCCUGCGAGGAAGCAACGAGUGCGACAUCGAAACAUACGUGGUUGCUGGUCUUCCAAAACUUUGAAUUUAUCAAAUACACUGCGGCUCUUUUGAGUAUCAAUGAAUUUUGCAUUCCACUUUGCAUCAUUCAUUCAAUAAGAUAA